GAAGAAAAUUUUGCUUCAAUUUUUUACGAUGCGUGUUUCUGUCUGUUGUGAUUUCUUGACAAAUUGACUUAAAAAGUUUUAUGUAAAUUUGUCAGUAAAUAAUUUUAGUAACCGGUUUCAUUCGCAGUUUAGUACGUUGCCACAAUUUUGUGGGUAUAAUUUUUUUUUGAACAUUCGCCUUUACCGUGUUUUUGAAUGUGAUCUCGUCAGUAUUGUGAUAUAAAGGCGAAUAAUAAAUUUGACAAAUAUGACCGGAAAGGACGACAACCCACUGUGGGCAAAUGUAACCUUUAGACUUGCCCUUAACACAGCAUCACAUCCUUUUGAAUAUGCCAAAGUGUUGAUUCAACUUGGUCACGAACCUAUAGCUCCUUAUCCAACGAGAACUCUAUUCCAAAAACCUGCACUUGGAUUACCCAAUGUCAUCGAUUAUGUCAAGUAUAUUAAAGCGGUUGAUGGUUUUCGGGGAUGUUACCGAGGCUUGACCACGAGGCUAUUAGCCAAUUCAGUCAACUUGGUCACCUGCAAAACCGUUAGUGAUGCGACUAGUCGAUAUUCCUACAAAUUUAUUUCAUUUUUACCAGAAGACGAAUUCAGCCAAACUGACAAGUGGGUUACUUUAUGGCGUGAUACGUUGGUUGAACUGAGUGGCAAGAUUGCUGGCGUUGUUGCUAGUCAUCCUUUACAUGUUAUUACACUUAGAGUUAUGGCGCAGUUUGUUGGCGGAGAAGAUCAUUAUAGUGGCAUUUUCUCAUCGAUUGCUGAGAUUUACCGUACGGAUGGCAUCUUAGGAUUCUUCAGUGGAUUAAUACCUAGAUUACUUGGUGAAAUUAUUUUCACUGUGUUGGUCAAUACCUGUAUAUUUGUUGCUAAAAAUACCAUUAAAGACGACGAAGUUAUGAAGUUCAGUGGUAUUCCAAUUGCACUCGUUGGCACUGCCUUCACCUAUCCUUUCCACGUUGUUAGUACUUGUAUGGCUGUGAACAAUUGCGGUUUGGCUGCUGGUAACCCUCCUCAAAUGCCUAUUUAUUAUUCUUGGGUUGAAUGUUGGCGUCACUUAUCUCGCACUGAUCAGCUGAGCAGAGGAUCGUCGAUGUUUUUCCGAUAUUAUCGCGGACCUCACGUUUACUCCUCCGGUUACCAUAAUUUAUUAUUAAAGAGAGAUUAAAUUUUUUUCAUCUUGUCUCAUCUCGUUGUCAAAUCGCUUUGUAGAUUUAUCCUUACACGUCCUAAAAGGAAACAAGUAAAUUUUAGGUAAUUUGCUUUGAAUUUUGAGAAUACGCGUAAAACGCACAAAUUCUUCGGUCCUAUUUAACGUUACCUUAUUCGUGAGGUCAAUUUACCAUUUUAUAAAAACGUCUCGACUGAUGCCUUUUAUUUUUUUGAAUACCACGCGCUCUAGGUUGUAGUCAUAUUAGUGGUUCAUUUCGAUUAUUAUUUAAUAACCUUAAGGUAUUUUUAUUCGUGUAUAGAUGAAGAUGAAACUCUCUCUCAUAUUAUAUAAUUUUGUUUUUUGGUGUGAAAACUUUCUUUUAUUCCUGUGUAAAUAAUUUUUAUCUCAUCGAAAAUUAUGAAUUUAUCUUCUGUUAUUCGAUGUUAUUGUUUUAAUUUCAUGGUUUUAAUGUUAAACUCAGUACAGAGAUAUUUUAAAAUAUAUUUUAUACGUUCGAUGGUAAA